ACAUGGAGCUGCGGUGGAAGAUCAGGAUCAGAGGCAGCUGAGGACAGUUUGCGUCGUGGGUCCAGGUGGGACGAUGACGGGUCGCAGAUCCGGACGAGCUUCCAGGACGAGGAGGCGGAAACAAGAAAACUCCCUCCAGUCGGCUUCUCUGUGUCACCUGCCGCAGUACGUGAAGCUGAUGAAGUUCCUCCACCGGCGAGGAUUCAGCUCCGCUCUGCUGCAGCCGGCCGUCUUCUCUGACACCGGACGAGGACUUCAGACUCUCAGAGCUAUAAAGCCAGGUGAGGUGCUGAUUUCUCUGCCGGAGUCGUGUCUCCUCACGACCUCGACCGUCCUGGACAGCUACCUGGGAGAAUACAUCAAGAGCUGGAAGCCUCGUCUUUCUCCCCUCCUGGUUCUCUGCGUCUUCCUGAUGUGCGAGCGCCACCGAGGGGAGGCCUCUGAUUGGUUCCCCUACAUCCACCUGCUGCCCGCCGCCUACACCUGUCCCGUGUACUUCAGCGACGACGUCAUGGCCGCCCUGCCCAGCUGUUUGAGGAGGCGGGGCUUAGAGCAGAGGGAGGCGGUGCAGGAAAUGUUCUCCUCCAAUCAGGAGUUCUUCAGGUCCCUGCAGCCGGUUCUGAAUCGGCCCACCGAGGACGUGUUGACCUACGAGGCUCUGAGGUGGUCCUGGUGCAGCGUCAACACUCGCUCCGUCUUCAUGUCGCGUCCCUCCAGCAGCUUCCUGUCCGGACCCGACCGCUACGCUUUAGCUCCGUUUCUGGACCUCCUCAACCACCGAGCCGACGUCCAGGUUAAAGCCGGUUUCAACGCUGCGACCAGGUGCUACGAGAUCAGGAGCGUCGGUGGGACUCUUCGCUACCAGCAGGCCUUCAUCAACUACGGCUGCCAUGACAACCAGCGGCUGCUGCUGGAGUACGGCUUCGUGUGCAGCAGAAAUCCUCACAGCGUGGUCUACGUGGACGCAGAUCUCCUCCGUGAGGUUUUAAAAGCCGACAGGAGUUUGGAUCAGAAGAUCAAGUUCCUCAGAGAAAACAGCUUCCUUCAAAACCUGACUUUGUCCGGCGACGGUCCCAGCUGGAGGCUGAUGACGGCGCUCCGACUGCUGUCGCUGCCACAAACACUGUACCACCAGUGGAAGUCGGUGCUGCUCGGUCAGACGCUGUGUGAGGAGAAGGAGCGGUGGAGCUUUCAGACAGCCAAGGUUCUCUGUCAGCGACUUCUGCGGGACACAUUUACAGCUCUAGAUAAGAUCUCCAACCUCCUGCAUGAAUGUGAGCAGCCAAUCAGGGAGCAGCUGGACGUGGUGAGGUCACUGCGGCAGGAGGAGAGGUGCAUCCUGGGAAGAUGUCUGGAGGUGCUGGAGGAGUCGCUUAAAGAAACCGAUGAACUGUUGCCGUGCCGACCGGAUGCUGAUGCUGUGAGCUGACGUCCGUUGGGUCGGUGAUGCUGUGGACUGAAAGCUGAAGGUUUGGUUCCAGCUGCGCUAAAAGCAAAAAGCAUCAAAUAUAAAAAACGGACUCACGUUGGACAGAGCUGUGAGGAAACAGCGGAGCAGCGAUCGGACUCCUUAAAGAUUCAUGUUUUUUUAUGUAUUUAUUUUCAGCAAUUAAAAAAAAAACUGGCUUUGAUCAUUCAGUCGCUGAACUUUGAAGAAGCUCAGAAGAUAAAAUCUGCAAGAAUCCAACACAGUUUGCGAAGGUGCUGCUUGUUAUUUGGAUGAGUUUACACUGAAAGCAUUUUCUAAAGAAACAACCAGAACUGUCGUUGUCUUUUUUUAACAAAAAUGUGGAUUUUAUUGAGUGAGUUCUCAAAGAAAUGCUGAGAAAUAAACAGUUUGUAGUUUCA